GGCCCGAGCCCAAUUGCUGGGUGCUGGCCUGUUACGAGAUUCCUGGGUUCCUUCCAGGCCUCCUGCUCCCCCUCUCGAUCCGGACUCUCCCUCGUCUCGCCCUCUCCAACGCCGCCGGCCGCCGCCUCUCCCCCGUCCCUCUCUCGUCUCUCCCUCUCCGAUGGCGUGGUACACCUAGCGGAGAGGGGACGGCAGCGGGGAGGCACGAGCGGCUGCGGCGGCUUCUACGGCGGGUUAGCAGUGGGCUAGCAGCGGCUGCGGCGGUGCAGAGAGUGCUGUAUACCAGGUAACAAUCAUGAAGGUCAAAAUUCUUCAGUGGCAUGCGGUGGCUUCUUGGACAUGGGACGCACAGGAUGAGACAUGUGGCAUAUGCAGGAUGGCUUUUGACGGCUGCUGCCCUGACUGGAGUGGCAGUUCAAGGGCUAAGGACAUCUCAAACUGUGUCAGUACCAAGCAUUUUCAUAUCUCAUAGAGAACUAGAAUGGAUCUUUAACAGGAAUGUAGUUGUGUUGUCUUGUAAGUGGUUGUCAUACUUUCUGGAAAUCAGGAUGAUUGGCAUCUUUUAAGCGAAACUGUGAGACAUUGAGCCACAGCUGUUGUGCCUUUUCAAGUUGUGACCAUGCAAAUGCAAUGAUUGACUUUGAAAGGUCUAAGCAGCCUGAGAUUGUGGCAUUUUUUCUUGUUCCACUGUUUACCUGCAGAUGGUCACCCAUGUAGUAAUUAAAUUCUGGUUGGAUAUACUGUAGGUAUAACAACUAGCACUUUAGCAGGCAAAUAGCUUGUUCUGCUAGACUUUAUAUUCAUUUUAACAGUGACACCUAUAUCAGCAGGUUUUAAGUUAUUAACAUGAUUUGAUGAUCAUUUGUGUGGCUAUAAAUUGAAUCGUAUCAUGCAUGAGCAAGUUACACUGGUUAUCUUGUGCCAAUUAUGCCAGCAGAUAUCAUCUACACUUGGAUUUUAUCAUGUAAAGUCAAGCAUGUUUUAGGCGAACAAGUAAAGACUUAUCAUGCUAGUUCAUGAUUUAUACUUUACUACACGCAGGUAAUUUGGAUAAAGCAUUAGGAACGUUCUAAAAUGCUUUGUGAUUGAGUAGCCAAGAGUCGGGAAUGGCUCUCCUCUCCCCUCCCUCCCCCCUCCCCCUCCGCGUGGCGCCACCUACCUCUGGCUCCGCCCCGGCGGCGUCCCUGCCCCUUGCGACCCCUCUCCCUCCCUCCCCUUCGCGGACUCCUCCGGGCUUCGCUCCGGCGUCGCGUGCCGCUCCCCUCUGCUCACUAAUCUCCCCAUCUCGCUCUGGCCGCAUCGCCCCUCCCCGACCCAAUAAGUUCUGGGCGUUGGACUCCGAGGGCUCCGGGUCGGAUUCGGAGGCUCCUUCUCCUCCUCCCUGCCCUGACUCGGUGUGCUGUCCUUCCAUGGCUGCGGCGGCGGGUCGCCCGCGCAAGUUCGCGCCCGGGGGGCGGGGGCCCCUCCCCGAUCCAAUAAGUUCUGGGCGUUGGACUCCGAGGGCUCCGGGUCGGAUUCGGAGCCUCCUCCUCCUCCCUGCCCUGACUCGGUGUGCUGUCCUUCCGUGGCUGCGGCGGCGGGUCGCCGGCGCAAGUUCGCGCCCGGGGGGCGGGGGCGGCCUGUUGGGCCUGCCUUGGAUGUGGAUGGGUGGCGCCGCGUUUCGCGUGGUCGCCGGCGUGUGUCGUGUUGGUCCCCUGGUUCCGUUGGGGUGGAUGGGGCCGCGCCGCUUCCGGCGUCUGGCUCUCCGGCGGGUUCCCCUGCGUGCUCGCCCUCCGUUGUGGCCGCCGUUGCUCCGGCGGCGUCGCCUUUGGUGCCAACCCUAGAUCUGGGUUCGGGGGCGGCGCUGGCUCCCUUGCCUGUGGAGCGGGCCCCACCGGGUGCUUCUGGGUCGGCUGGGCCAGUUUCGGUGUUGGCCUUGGCGUCUCUAUCUGAUUUCCCCCCUCCCUUCUCUGAUUUCUGGGCCGCGGGUGGCCCAGGCCCAGCCCACCCCUCCUGUGAGGCCUUCUAUCAAGCCGGGCCUGGCUCGGUCAAGGUAUUUAUGGGUGUGGAGGGGUGCGGCUCCCCCAUUUCUAGGGUUUCCUGCCUCCUCCUCAGAUCUAUCCCGUCACCGUCUACCCAUUCGGCGCUUCGCCAGAUCUACUCCUCCCCCUCCCCUCUCCCUCCGUUUUGCGGCGGUGGCUGCGAUGGACCGCUCCCGUGCGUCCUCCAGUGAGGCGGUCUCCGGCCAGAAGCGGGGGCGCGAUGGCUCCGGCGAGGCGGCUGCGGAUCUGGAGUACGAGGCGGCUCUCCGUGCGAAGCUUCAGGCCUCUCUCGCCCCGGAGCCGGGGCCGGCGGCGGCGUCGGCCGGUGUGUCUCCCCGCGCCUUUGGGUCGGGCCCGUCGGUGCCUCUCCCCCCCCCCGUGUCUGGUGCUCCUUCGGGUGCGGUCGAUCCCUGGGAGCAGGCGGCGGCGGCCAGUCGGGGGGGCUCGUCGGGGCCUUCCCAGGCGUCUCCUCCGCUGGGUGCUGCUCCCCGGGGCGGCGCUCCGUUGCGGGCUCCGAUGGCGGCUGGGGGUGGUCCGUCCCGUUUCUUCCCACGCGGCACGUCGGGGGCUCCGGUCCGCCGCCCUGUUGGCCCUGCUGCCGGGCGGGGCUCUGGAUCUGGGCCAGUUUUGCCUGGUGAUGGCAUUCUUCCUCCUCCUCGUGGCUCUGGUCGCAUCCCUCCCCAAUCCCAAGUCUCCAACCCCAUCCUCACCUGUUUCGCGUGUCACCGCCCCGGCCAUUUCCAAUCUUGGUGUGAAAACCCUCCCUUUUGCCUCAUUUGCAGAGAAGAUGGUCACCUCACGGUGGAUUGCCAGAAUCGUGUCAAGCCCCCCGCUUUUGUUCAUUAUGGCACCGACCUCCCUGGGUGUUCUUCCUUUGCUCUAGAUAGGGGGAUCCCGGAGGCAGCCCCUAUCCUGUCGCUUUCCAAUGUUGGCAUCAUUUCCGUCCAGGCUAAACGCAUUUCUUCCCAGACCCUUCUUGACGAACUUCAGCAAUGGGAUGAGGGCGGCUGGGAUUGGCAAAUCCGCCAACUGUCUGAGUUUGAUUUUGCUGCGACUUUUCCUUCCAAAGAGAGUCUCCGUAUGAUCUCAUCAUGCACUAGCUUCACGCUGCCUCUGAAUCAACUUGUGGUCUCGGUCAAAGCUGCUUCAAGGCGAUCUCUUCUCUGUCUGACGUGUGGGUAUUGGUCGAAGAUGUCCCUCCUAGCAUGCGCACCACGGCGUUCCUCAUGGCUUUUGGGGUCCUCAUCGGGAAACCUAUUGAAGUGGACCAAGACUCUCUGGCCAUCCUGGGGCCGGCCCGGCUUCAGGUCUGGUGUGUUGAUCCUCUGUGCAUUCAUGGCGCCAUUGAUGUCUUCCCUGCAGCUGGUGGCUUUCGGCUCCGGGUGCGGGUGGAGGUGGCCUCGGGUCCGGUGUAGCCUCCUCCUCCGCCCCCGGCCUCUGGCAAUGGCGACAAAAGCAAAGAUGGUGAUGGAUGCCCUGACGACUCCAUGUUUGGGACCGAUCCUCGUUUCACCCAGUCGGAGUGGGAUGGGCUUUCUCCCGAAGAUCAGGAUAUGCUAAAGGAGAAUGCGCCUGCUGGCAGGGGGCCCAGGACUCGGCGCCUGGCCUGGGUGGAGGGGUUGCGGCCUCGGGCGGGGCUAAGGGCACGCCUUUCUCGGCGGUGUGCUCGAACCUCCCUGCCCGUCCCGCUUCUCCCUCCUUGUCUGGCAUUGAAGAUCUUCCCCCGGCUGGCCUUGCUGUAUCCAAAAAGAAGAAGAAGUCCUCUAUCAAGAAAUACUCCGCCAAGAGCCGUGCUUCUGGUGACUCUAGGCAGUCCGCGGCUGGGUUCUGCCGAAGGCUUGAUGCUGAUAUGGGUGCGGCUUCGGGCCCGUCCUCUGCGGCGGCUUCCCCUAGUCGUGCUCGCCCAGUGCCCGUGCGCUCGCCUGCGUCUACGGCCCGCAAGAGCGGCCGCGUCUCCAACAGCGGUGAGCGGGUGGCCGAUCGGGCCGCUCGGCGUGCUGCGGCUCGGGAUCUUCCCCCUUCAGGUUCGCUCCCAGCCCCCUCCCCCGCCCUUCCCACGGCUUCCUCUCCGGUGCGUUUACUUCUUCCUUCACAAUCUGAUGAUCACUUGCUUAAAAUUCUAGAUGAUGUUGGUAUUUGCUUAGACUCUAGCUUGGGUUCCCCCUCGUCUAUUCUUGGUAUUAUUAGGGCAAAUGAGAUAGCCCAGGCCGAUAUCGCGAAAACAAAGGAAGCCGGGGUGGUUUCGGGCAUCCCACCGGUUGUGGCCGGUGGGGACGAGGGGGGAGAAGACAGGUGUCAAGCUCCCCUGGUGAUUUCUAAAUGUGGGGUAGGGAAGCAAGCAAAAUCCUGCAUGGCGCCGAGCAGGUCGAGUCUCCGUAUUAAAAACUUGUCUUUUAGAUGAAGGCCUUAUUCUGGAAUAUUCGAGGUUUCGGCGCUAGGGGGCGCAGGGACCAACUUAAAGACUUGGUUCGAUCUGAAAACGUAGAAUUUAUUGGCCUUGUCAAGACUAUCAAAUCUUCCUUUUCCUCGAGCGGACUAUCGGCCAUUGCUGGGAUAGACAAAUUUCAUUGGAAUUUUGUGGCCUCGGUUGGUCAUUCGGGCGGUUUUUUGCUUGGCUCCAAAAAAGAUACUUUUGAUUUUGUGGCUUUUGACCAUGGCAUUUUUUGGGCAAGCACGGUGGUUUCUCUUAGGUCUCUCAACUCCUUGUUGGAAAUCAUGGUGGUUUAUGGUCCGGCUGACCAUGCGAUGUCCUAUGCCUUUUUGGACGAGCUUAGUAUUAAAAUUGAAUCAUGUCAGCUACCCCUCCUGAUAGGGGCGAUUUUAACAUGCUCCGUUUCCCUACUGACAAGAGCUCGCCUAACUUCUCUUGGCCCCUGGCUGAUGCAUUUAAUGCUUUCAUUAGGGACACGGCUAUUCGGGAGAUUCCUAGGGUUGGAGCCCGUUUCACUUGGUCUAACCAUCAAACUCCCCCUAUCUGUUCUGUUGAUAGGGUUUUUGUGUGUUCUAGGUGGGAUUCUUUAUUCCCCCGUGUCAGUCUUAGAGCCCUUGCCUGUGUUGGCUCUGAUCACACCCCCUUGAUUUUAGAUGAUGGUUCGCGUUCAGUGGGUUUCCCGAGAUUCCAGUUUGAUGCUUCAUAGCUACAAGUGGAGGGCUUUAAUGAGUUGGUGGCACAAAAGAUUCUGUCAUUCCUUUCUUCUACUCGCCGCUCUUUUGGCCCGAUGGAUGAUUGGCAUCAAUGCUCUUAUUUUCUGCGUAGAUUCCUUAGAGGCUGGUCUAAAAACCACUACGCUGAGUCAAGGCGUGACAAAGCUAGGUUGGUGGCUCAAAUUGGCGUUUUAGACGAACGCGCCGAUGGUUCGGGGUUGUCCUUGCUUGAAUGGCAAACUCGAUAUGGUUUAGAAGAGGCGCUGUUGGGCAUUCAUAGGCAAGAGGAAGUGUACUGGAAACAGCGUGGUACUAUCAACUGGACCUUAAAGGGUGACUCACCCACGUCCUAUUUCUUUGCGAUUGCUAACGGCAGGCAUCGGAGAUGCAUUAUUGAUAGCCUUAUGAUAGACGGCGUCAGGGUUUCUGAUCCCGCGGUGAUUAUGCGUCAUGUGGUUGACUUUUUCUCUAACCUCCUAGCGGCUAAACCUGUUUUAGGCUUUAAGUUGGCCUCGCCCUUUUGGUCUCCUCCGGAUCAGCUUUCGAAUGCUGAUAAUGACAGUUUGCGGAUCCCUCCCACGGAAGAGGAAAUUUUUGAGACGAUCCGUUCUAGCAACCCGAAUGCGGCAUCUAGGCCUGACGGUUUUUCUAUUACUUUCUUCCAGCAAUUCUGGCCUCAGCUAAAAGGCCUAAUUAUGGCUAUAUCUCAAGGCUUUUGGUUGGGGACUGUUGACAUCCCGAGACUUAACUACGCAGUUCUCACCCUCAUCCCUAAAGUCAAAGGCGCUGACCUGAUUUCCCAAUUCAGGCCAAUUGCUUUGAUUAACAAUUUUGCUAAGUUUCCUGCCAAGGGGAUGGCCACUAGGAUUUCUCCGAUCGCCCAUCGGGUCAUUAGCCCUUUCCAAUCCGCGUUCAUUAAGGGGAGAUUCAUUUUGGACGGAGUGCUUUGCUUACAUGAGAUAAUUCAUGACCUUAGCUGUAAGAACACCAAGGCUGUGGUCCUUAAGCUUGAUUUUGAAAAGGCGUAUGACUCGGUCAGCUGGAGUUUUCUGCGACAUGUUUUGUUGGCCAAGGGCUUCGAUGGUUCGAUGGUUCACCGCCUGAUGCAACUUGUCACUGGUGGCCACACGGCGGUGGCUGUCAAUGGCUAGACCAGUAAGUUCUUUGUGAACGGCAGGGGCUUAAGACAAGGAGAUCCGGCGUCUCCCUUGCUUUUUAAUUUUGUGGCCGAUGCUCUAUCUCACAUUCUGUCUCGUGUUGCGGCUGCAGGUCACAUCUCACCUGUUAGCUCCCAUCUUAUUUCUAAUGGCAUCUCUCACCUACAGUAUGCGGACGACACCAUCAUUAUGGUUGAACUUAAUGAUAACUCCAUCACGAAUCUGAAAUUUCUUCUUCUCUGCUUUGAAGCUCUGUCGGGCCUGAAAAUCAAUUUCUCUAAAAGCGAGGUCAUUGUGACUGGGGUAACUGUCUCGGAAGCGCAGAGGGUGGCCCAUCUUUUGAACUGCUCGCUAGGAUCCUUUCCUCUCAAAUAUUUGGGCCUACCCAUUUCCCCUCUUAAGCUUUUGGCCAAAGAUUUCGCCCCGGCAGUGUCUAAAGUGGGCAAGAGAGUUUUGCCGUGGCGAGGCCGUUAUAAUUCUCAGGCGGGCAAGGUUGCCCUUACCAACUCCUAUCUCUCCUCCCUCCCAAUGUUUCUAAUGGGCUUUUAUCUCCUGUCCGAAGGGACUCACUCGGGCUUCGAUAAGCACAGGGGUGCCUUCUACUGGAAUUCCUCCGACAACAAACGCAAAUAUAGGAUGGUUAAGUGGGACCUCAUCUGCAGACCUAAGAUCAUGGGGGCUUAGGCAUCAUUAAUACCAGGAUCAUGAAUAAAUUCCUUUUGUUAAAAUGGUGGUGGAAGAUUAUGUCCCUUGAUGAUCGCCCUGCUUGGCUGAGCCUUCUCAAAGCUAAAUAUUUUCCCUCCUCGAGCUCUAUGUUCGCUCCCUCUUCUGGUGGCUCUCAAUUUUGGCGUCAGCUUGUUAGUAUUAGACCAAUUUUCUGGUCCCUUGUGAAAUUCGUUGUUCGUAACGGCAAAUCUACUCGUUUUUGGUUAGACUGGUGGGUUGGGGACACUUCUCUUGCGGUGGCUCACCCGACUUUGUUUUCGUUUUGUGCUAACCCCGAGAUCUCUAUCUCUGAGCUCUCGGCUCAGGGCUGGGUUUUAGAUUUCCGGCGUUCUCUUUCCCCUGUGGAGUUGGAAGAUUGGCAACGCCUUACUGCCUGCUUCCCCCUGCUCUCGGAGGAAGAGGACUCCGUUAUUUGGCCUCAUUCCUCUUCGGGGCGUUUUUCUGUCAAGUCAGCGUAUUCGCAACUCAUCGCUGGUGUUCGCACUAACAAGUUUAAACUCAUUUGGUCUGCCCGCAUCUCUCCUAAGAUCAAAAUCUUCCUUUGGCAAGCUCUCCGUCGCAAACUUCCUGCGGCUGACCAGAUUAAGAAGAGGAACGGGCCGGGUUCUGAUGGUUGUCAACUGUGCGGUGCCCUAGAGAAUACCGAACAUAUCUUUUUUCAGUGCUCUUUGGCUAAAUUCUUUUGGAGUUGCAUUAGACUUUGGCUUCGUGUUCCUUGGAACCCAUCCUCUUUCGAGGAUCUUCGGCGUUGUAUUAAUUCUUUAGCAGGCCGGUCUAAGCGGGUUUUCAUGGUGAGCUGGGCUGCGAUUUGUUGGUUGCUUUGGACUACUAGAAACAAGUUCACUAUUGAACACAUUUUCCCGGCUAACCCUGUGAGUUGCUUAUUUAAAGCCAAUGU